AUGGACCCUAGUGCUUUUAAAGUAUCUCGAAGUAGCAGCUACAAAGUUACUGACUGUAGGGCGCGGCUAAAGCUUAAAGCUCUCCCAGGCACUACAAAAUUUUUCAUAUAUGGUUUUAUUGAAGCUCAUAAUCAUGGAUUGGUCGACAAGGACAAUUUAGACUUUACCAGAAAAAGGAGGAAACUUAGUUAUGACGACCAGAGGUUCAUUCACAAACUAAGCUUGAACAAAAUUGGCCCUAAUGUUGCGCAUAAGAUUCGAGCUUCGUUAAAGGGUGGGCACCAUAACGUACAAGGAACUGUAGUAGAAUUCAAAAAUUUCACUAGAGAUGUACGGUCUUUUAUCGGCAAGAAGGAUGCACAAACGGUGGUUGAUACGUUAAAAGCCCGUAUGAUAAAUCUGCCAAAUUUCUUUUUUGAAUGUGUGGUGGUUGACGGUGAGUUAAGAUCAUUGUUCUGGGCUGAUGACGUAUCCAAAUGCAAUUAUGAAGCCUUUGGAGAUGUGUUAGGUUUUGAUGCAACAUAUCAUACGAAUCAGUAUAACAUGAUAUUUGUUCCGUUUACCGGUGUCGAUCACCAUAAAAAGUGUGUCACCUUUGGUGUUGGGCAAUUAUACGAUGAGACAAUUGGUUCUUACACGUGGUUGCUUACCACAUUCCUUAAAGCUCAUAACAAUAAGCAACCAACGUUGGUGUUGACCGAUCAGGAUGCUGUGAUGAAACAAGCAGUUUCUGGUGUAUUCAAUAAGUCUAUUCACCGACUGUGUAUGUGGCAUAUUAUUAGGAAAAUUCCUGCAAAAAUUGCAGGUGAUGUAUUGGAAAAUAUAGACUUGAGAGCUGCUAUACACAAGCUGGUGUGGAAUUUGUUUAUCACACCUGAAGAAUUUGAAGUACGAUGGAAUUUGCUUAUGGAAGGGUUACACUUGAAAGAAAUAAUUGGCUGA